AUGAGUGGCACGCCUCCGCCUCAUGGUCAAUUUUUACAUUCCCUCCCCAAACGUCGAGGUUAUAGAUUGUUGUUCCUAGCAUUUACGUUUAUUAGUGUUUUGUAUUUUUCACUCUACAUAUCCCAUCUAGAUCUGCCCAAGUCUGUUUAUCACCGACCAAAGAAGACGAAUUCACAAGAUAUAGAGAACACAAAUCCACGCAAGGUAUCAUUUGAAGAAUCAGUCAAAAGAAAAUUUAACCAGAUUGCAUUUAAUCCCGAAAGGUUUUAUGUGGCAUUUACCGAGGAUAUAGAAGCGCAGAUUCAAUUUGACUUUACUCAUUUCAGUAAACAAACAGAAGAUAAGCAUAGUUGGAUAAAUCGUGAUACGUUGUUUUACGACCCGAGAUUCACUUUAUCCAUGUACUUGAACGCAUUGAAGUUAGAAUACCAGAGGUUGAAUAACCAAGAUGAGACAAAUGAGAUAAUUUUACCUUUCCAUUGGGCCGACUGGAUUGACUUAACACUAUUGAAUGAUGAAUUGUCAAAACCUUUACACUUAAGAAAGACUUGUAGUUACAUUCAAAGUGUCACAUUUCAUAAUCCCGAUCCAAAGCACUUCUGUUUCAGCAAUUCGGAGUUACUGAAAGAUGAAGUUACACGUUUGGGAUAUAAAUCACUGACUCAGCUACCGGGUUUUAUAAUUCAUGAUCAUUGUAUGCAUCGUGACAAAGCCUUCAACGAUGAUCGAGUCUUGCAAGCAAAGUCACAUGCUAUGACCUAUUUGAAGAAGCCAAUAAGCGUCAUUAUAUUAAAUGGCACUGAAGGUACAUAUGAAUUCACAGUUGAUCAAGAAAGCAAUCAGCGCUUGGUGAGCUCAAACUUAAUUGAACGCUAUAUUACAUCAAAUAAACUCAAGAAUUUGAAGCAAGUUACACUAAAUCAUUUAGAGCUCUGGGAAAACAUCCAAUCAAUUGCUAAACCUACCUAUUUGGACCCAGAUGAUCCAGGAUAUGAAUUAUAUACUAGCAUGAAGUCCAUAAAAGAAGAUCAGACCAACUUGAUACAAUUUCCAUUAAACAAGGACAUGUUUACACAUCCAGAGCCAAUCAAGCAACAAAUAGAAGCGUUAGAUCGAAAACGACUAGAAAAUGGGUUGUCUUUACGUGAACAAGUAUAUUAUCAAAGCAUGGUUGAUUGCGAUAAUUAUCCUGAUCGGUACAACAACCGCGAAUUCAGGUACUUCCGAAUGCCUACCAUUCGAGUUGAAGAUAAAAGAAACCAUGGAAAAGACAAAGGUUGGCACUAUGAUUGGAGGUUCUUUAAUGGGGCUUUAAAUUAUGAAACACCGGGCUGGACCCAACAGGAACAAGAACAUCGAGCAAACAUAAUUUUGGAUAGAUUGUUGAGGUCAUGGUACAGGUUUGCGACACAGAAAGGGUUUGUGAGUUGGAUUUACCAUGGGCCCAUUUUGAGUUGGUACUGGAAUGGGAUGAUGUUUCCUUUUGAUAACGAUAUAGAUAUUCAGAUGCCUAUAUCGGAGGUCAUUCGUCUCGCUAAGUAUUACAACAAUACACUUGUGGUUGAAGAUCCAACUGAAGGAUAUGGAAAAUAUUUGAUUGAUGUGAUACCCUAUGUACACCAUCGACAACUAAGUAAAUCUGAAAAUUAUAUUGAUGCAAGAUUUAUUGAUGUGGAUUCUGGUUUGUAUAUCGAUAUAACUGCUUUGAGCAAGCUGAAAGCCGAAUUACCGGCGGGGCUUUGGGAAACUGGGAUGGGUAAGCUUAAAAAGGACAAAAAGGAUAAAAAUGAUAAGGUUGAGAUAUACAAUGAGAGAAGAAAACAUUUUUAUGAACUUGACGAAUUGAGUCCUUUACGGUAUACCAUGUUGCUGGGAAUUCCUGUUUUCAUUCCACCGAAAAUUAUUUUCAGGAUGCUGUUUGCAUAUAGGGACGGGUUACUGCUGUAUGAAUUCGGUGGGUGGUAUUUCGUAGAUAGAUUAAAUUUAUGGAUUAAAGAACAAUAUUUCAUACCUCUUUUUAAGUUUGAAGAAAUUACAAUGAACGGCAUGGUGGAACUGCAAAAAUUAUUGGACAAGGUUAUGCUGAUGACAGACGAUCAAGUUUUGAGAUUACUAGAGAAUGAUGAGAUCUUGACAGAAUAUUACUUGACUAAGAAUUUGACAGAGUUGCAUUCUCAAGAAAUAAAGUACUUGUUUGAUGAUCGGGGUCGCGACAAUAUAUGGUUAAGCAAAAACCAGGAUUCUGUAAAGAAGUAUAAUGAAUUGACUAAAGAGUUUAAGUUGGGGAAACCUUUGAGAAAGUCAUUAUAUUAUUAUGAAAAUAUCGAAAGAUUAAAACAUAAGGAGAAGUAA